ACAUAACAUACGUUCGUAUACCAGCAGGUGCAAACCCUCACAAUAGCUAUCAGCUGUACAUUGUAGCUGAGUUCCCGGACAGAAGAAAUAUGCUCUCAAAUUUUCCUGUAUAUUUGCAUUUCGGCAGUUAUUAUGUGUCUGUCCACUUGUGGGACUAGUGGCCCAAUGGUGUGGUAAGACCACUAUGCUGUUAGCGACAGCAAUCUGCUUUGGUUUCGUAAUUGAAAUGUGUUCUUCUUCAGUGUUAACGAACAGCCCAGAUUUCUUUGAUGGCGUGUUUGUCUGCGUGGAGGAGGACACAAAAAACAAUGUCACUGUCAUCACUUGGACAAUUGCCGCUCAUAUUUACGUCUCAUACUGCGACCUGCGUCACUUUAAGCAGGAGACGCCGUCCUUUUCGACCGUUGAGCAAAGAUUAUCUCCCGCCGGAACAUUUAAGCUGAGGAACUUGAAAGAAUCGGUUGUUUAUGUCGUCCAAGUGACAUGUUUGCAUGUGGUUUCCAGCGAAGGACAGACUGGUUCAAGCGAAAGCUACCAGUCCAGUGAAGUGUCAUUUGUGUCAGGGUCCAUUGCUGGGAAAGUGUGCUCCGAUAGCCAUCCUUCUAAUCUUAGCCAUGGUCAAAUCUCAGUAUGCAUUUACAGAACUCAGGGGCAAUUCAAUCACGUCAUUCAGUGGUGGAGUGCCCUGGCCUAUGGCCCAACCAGCUGCACACUACGCUACACCCCCGUCGGCACCACGGAGACGAGACACCGAACUGAAACAUUCCGGGAUCUUCCCAUGAACAGCUCCGUGUUUCUGCAGGAGGGCGCCUCCGAUGUGCAAAUGGAAUGCAACGACAGCAAUAACGACCUGCAGUCCUCAGGAAUUGUAAAAUAUAACACAGAUGAUCCAAGGCAGAGAGUUUGCUCGGUCAGUCCAGAUCCUAUGCUUCCAGUUGUAACCCGGCCGCCCGUCACCGAACCCACCCACUACCGGGGCCUGCACGUCAGCAGCCUGGCCCAGGGCCUGGUCCUGGCCUUCAGCAUUGUCUUAGUCUCCUCCCUCAUGUCCAUGCUGGCCUACAAGCGCUACAGGAGCUACAUGAGGAGGCGAUCCCAAAGACUGUUGAGAGUUGAGACUGAGGAGGAGGCUAACGAGGAAGCUGCCAUGCAGGAGUUCCAGAGGAUGGUUUGAAAUCCAGCGACCUCACAUGGUCGGCAUUAAAAUUUUGAGAUGCUUCAAAGUUUUACAAUCCUCAUCCAAAGGUUUGUGCUCUUCAUCCAAAGAUAGAGACUCUAAUGGAAAGUUGGAGAAUUAAACUCAAAUGAGUGUGUAAAGUGACAAACUGAGUCUGUCAUUGAAGUGAUGGGUUGGAAUCGUCAGUUAAUCAUCAAGCCCAUCAGCAGGUUGACAACAACAGCUGAUCAGCCAGUAACACUAUCUGAAUGCUGCUCUGAGAACUUGUUUGAUGCAAUGAUGUCAACAGGUCAAAAAUACCAAUGACCCCUUUGAGCUACACAGUGGAUGUACUUUUCACAAGGACUUCAACACCAUUCUGAAAUCAGCUGAUUUCGAAGAAAAUUGAUUUAAUACCAUUGAGUUUAUGAAAACUGUGCUUCCUAUGGGCUCUGUGCAUGACCAAGAAAGGUCAUUGUACCUAGCAGUGACUUCCCACUUGUGUACAUGUAUUUUAGUGCUUGAUGCAUUUUAUUUUUCAUUUAUUUAACUCAUGUAAACUGGGAGAAGUGGGUAAACUAUUUCUGGUCUCUUCAUCGUUACCACUGAUCUCCAUGUGCUGACUGGACAGUGAGCGUGCCCAUUGCCAUGAAGUUAAUGCAUCUGAUUUUUAUACCUCCAAAGAUGGCUUCUAUGGCUUUUGAUGUUGCACAGGGUGAAAUGCAGUAACUUAUCGCAGAUGUUUUUCUGGAAUAUUUCUGGAAUAAAAACUUACCUAAACAAAAAAAUCAGUCCUUACGAAAUGGCAUUGGAGCAUGACAGCAAACUGUCAAAUCUCAAAACUUGAUGAAAUUACAUCAUGCGGUAGGGCUAAGCAACCUUCUGAAGAAUUCAGUCCUUGAUCUGGAUGUUCUAUGUACUUGGUAUGUAUUUAGAGAUCAGUAAUUGCCACUCUUACAAUCAAGGUAGGUACCGAGUAAGGGGCCGCCCAUAAAGUACUUAAACACAA